GUAACUUGAUAGCUUCAUCCACCAACAAUCUUCAAUCAUGUCUAAUCUUCGCUCGAUAUCAUUACUGGGACUUGCCCUGGUAUUCUUUGGUGCCCUCAACGUCUCUGCACAUGGUGGCCAUGAGCAAGCCCCCGUUGCCCCCGAUGCUGAUUGGGCGACACGACACAUGGCUGAGGAACAUCACAUCAACUCCUUCGACGCCGGCUCAUUCUUCAAUCUGCACGACUAUGAUAGCAGCGGCACCUGGACCCCUGAUGACAUCCGUAAGACUUACGGUCUGAGAGACGAGAGCACCAAGGAUUUGCCCGAAGAGAAGAAGGAAGAGGUCGUGCGAAAGAUUCUGGACCUUUUCGACAAGGACAAGAGUGGCACCGUCUCUUUCGCCGAGUUCCUCGUCGCCGACGCUCACGGCAUCAAGCUACCCGACUUUGGCUACGGCCCUGGCCACCACGGCGACGACGAGUACGAGUAUGAGAUUCAUCAUUUCGAAAAGUACCAUGGAGAUGACACAACCGAGGAAGAUUUGACACAUCCCGAGGACAUUGUGCAUUUCCGUAAGCACGACAUAAUGGAGCAGGAGGCAGAACGUCAAGCAAAGCUUGACCGUAUGGAAAUCGUCGAGGCAAACAUUCCUCAGAAGUUUCGCCGUCAAGGCCACUGAUCGGCUCGAGGAAAGGCUUUGCUUGAUCAACGCCAGCCAAGUAGGCUUCAGCAGUCGAGGAUUUUACACUGCGGUCUCCAUACUUGGUUGGCGAGCAUUUUGGAAGUAUGCAGAUGAAAAUCAAGACAAUUGGGGAGCAGUCUUGCUGGCUUGGACUGCAGUCGGUCUUUCGAUUGGUGUUGUACUAUAUCAAUAAUUGGAGAUGAAGCACGUAGAGUACAUUGGUCGAGGCAGACUCGUGGGUCCUAAACGAUGAAAUGAUUUCAAGACAAGACAACUCUUAUUUCAGCGGC